AUGGAAAUUCCAUUGGGUCGACUCACUUCAACCAACUGCCGAACUGGACAAUGGCGUCCGAGGCGUACUUUCACGACGGGACUUUUGUGCAGUUUUAUUCACCAAGCAGAAUGCAUUUCGUUCUUUGCUCUUUCCGAUGUCCAUUAUGUCUCAUUAAUUCUUUUUAGAUUCAUUUCCGUGCGUCAGAAAAUCGAGACGAUCGGGGAUUUUUCUGGGAAGACCGCUUUCAAUUUCAGGUUCUGUUCAAUUCAAUUCUAUCUAUCUAUCUAUCUAUCUAUCUAUCUAUCUAUCUAUCUAUCUAUCUAUCUAUCUACCCCAGAUCUACAUCUGUUCAUAUCUAUCUAUCUAGGCCUGUUUAUAUCGACAUAUGUUCAUAUCUAUCUAUCUAGACCUGUUUAUAUCUACAUAUGUUCAUAUCUAUCCAGGCCUGCUUAUAUCUACAUAUGUUCAUAUCUCUCUAUCUAUCUCUAUCCCUUUAAUCUGCCAAUCAGAGGCCUUUCUUUCUUUCUUUCUUUCUUUCUUUCUUUCUUUCUUUCACUGAAAGCAACUUCGGGCAUCAAUCUCUUCUUUUCUUUUUCUUUCUUUCUUUCCUUCUUUAUUUCUUUCCAUAUGCAUUUAAUUAUCUAUCUAUCUAUCUAUCUAUCUAUCUAUCUAUCUAUCUAUCUAUCUAUCUAUCUAUCUCAUUCUGCUCAUAUCUAUUUUUCUUUCUUUCUUUCUUUCUUUUUUCUUUCUGUAUUUAAUUAUAUCCUUCCACCUCUUCCAUUAUGCAUUCUUUUCCUCUUUCAUUUUCUAUUUGAAACUGACAACCGUUUCCAUUUCACUGAAAAAUGCAAUAAACGCGUAAUUCAUUCAUUCCUUCAUUACUUCCUUCCGUUAUUCUUUCCUUCAUUCCUUCCUUCUUUUCUUCCUUCCUUCCUUCCUUCAUCCCUUCCUUCCUUCCUUCCUUCCUUCCUUCCUUAUUCCUUCCUUCUUUCAUUCAUUCAUUCCUUCCUUCCUGCCUUCCUUCUUUCCUUCCUUCCUUCCUUCCUUCCUUCCUUUCAUCCUUCCUUCUUCCUUCCCUUCAUUCAUUUUCCUUCCUUCCUUCAUUCCUUCCUUCCUUCCUUCCUUCCUUCCUUCCUUCCUUCCUUCAUUCAUUCAUUCCUUCCUUCCUUCCUGCCUUUCUUCCUUCCGUCAUUCCGUCAUUCCUUCCUUCCUUCCUUCCUUUUUUCAUCCCUCCCUUCCUUCCUUCCUUCCUUCCUUCCUUCCUUCCUUCCUUUUCGGGAGACGUUAAACACUUCUAUCUUCUUUUCUCUUCUCUUUUCUUCUUUCUUUCUUUCUUUUUUCUUUCUUUCUUUCUUUCUUUCUUUCUUUCUUUCUUUCUUUCUUUCGCUGAAACUAUGA